AUGAAGGCGCUUGACGGGAUUCGUGUGCUCGACUUGACCAGAGCUUUGGCGGGGCCGUUUUGCACGCUGAUGCUGGGAGACUAUGGAGCCGACGUAAUCAAGAUAGAAAUACCGGGCACCGGCGACGACACCCGCCAGUGGGGGCCGCCCUUCAUUGGUGAAGAGAGCGCCUACUUCCUGUCUAUCAACCGCAACAAGCGCAGCCUCACCCUGAACUUCAAGGAAGAAAAGGCGAGAGAGAUUUUCCUGAAACUGGUGGAAGACUCGGACGUAGUGGUGGAGAACUUCACCCCGGGCGUGAUGUCCCGCUUUGGGCUGGAUUAUGAAACCGUGAAGAAGAGCAAUCCCAAUAUCGUCUAUUGUUCCAUAUCCGGAUUCGGCCAAAACGGACCCUACCAGAGUCGACCGGCCUACGAUCAGAUCAUGCAGGGUAUCAGCGGCCUGAUGAGUAUAACCGGACACCCCGAGGGGGAGCCGGAAAAGAUCGGGAUAGCAGUUACAGACAUCGGCGCCGGCAUGUGGGCAGCCUUUGCCGUGAUGUCCGCGCUUUACCGGCGAGAACAGGAUGGCGAAGGCCAGUAUAUCGACAUUUCCAUGCUGGAUGCUCAGGUGGCAUGGUUGACUUAUCAGGCCGGUUACUACUUUGCCUACGACCGUCCCCCGCAGAGGCUGGGCAAGGCUCAUCCUACGCUGGUUCCCUACCAGGCUUUCAUGGGUCAGGAUGGCAAGUACUUCAACGUUGCCGUGGGUUCUGACCGGCUUUGGGACCGUUUCUGCCAGGCGGUCAAACGGGAGGACUUGAAGGACAACCCCGAUUAUGCGUCCAAUGGCGUACGGGUAGAAAACCGGGCGACGCUGUCUCCGUUGCUGCAGGAGCAUUUCCUGACCCGCCCCGCGGAUGAGUGGGUGGCAGACCUGCAGGCGAACAACGUUCCGGCCGGCCCGAUUAACGACCUGGCCGACGUUUUCUCCGAUCCACAGGUCCUGCAUCGGGAAAUGUUGCUGGAGAUUCCUCAUCCCACGCUGGAGUCAGUCAAACAGACCGGUCUGCCAAUAAAGUUUUCACGGACUCCGGGUGGACUCGAUCAACACCCGCCUCUUCUGGGCGAACACAACCAUUCCAUCCUGCACGACCUGGGUUACUCCGACGCGGAGAUCGAAGAUAUGGUUGUCAAGUCUGUGAUCUGA